UGAUUCAACUGUGAGCUGAGCAAAAGAAUUUGGUCAGGGAAAUGGUGCUGAUCGCAACAAAUGUCUGCGAUUACAAGGAGCUCGCGAAGCAGAAGUUACCAAGGAUGGUUUAUGAUUACUAUGCCUUGGGUGCAGAGGACCAACACACAGUUAGGGAGAACAUGGAAGCAUUCUCCAGAAUUCAGUUUCGACCAAGGGUGCUGAUUGAUGUGUCUCACAUUGACAUGUCCACGAGUGUCUUAGGCUACAACAUUUCCAUGCCUAUCAUGGUUGCCCCUACGGCCCUGCACAAAAUGGCCCACCCUGAAGGAGAGCUUGCUUCUGCUAGGGCUGCAGCUUCUGUAGGAACUAUAACGACGUUGUCUUCCUGGUCAUCCUAUAGUAUUGAAGAAGUUAAUUCGGCAGGACCUGGAACCCGUUUCUUCCAACUUUCAGUAUACAAGGACAGGAACUUAGUGCGACAGGUUAUUGGAAGGGCUGAAAAGGCUAGCUACAAGGCAAUUGUACUGACAGUUGAUGUUCCAUGGCUUGGCCGCAGAGAAGCUGAUGUCAAGAACAGGUUCGCCUUACCUCCAAAUGUGGUAUUGAAGAACUUCGAAGGGGUAGAUUUUGGCAACAUAGAGAAGGUUGUGAAUGGUUCGGGCUUUGCUGCAUCCUAUGAUGCUUGCCAGGUUGACCCCUCUCUUUCUUGGAAGGAUAUCAAGUGGCUGCAGACAAUCACUUCGCUGCCAAUCUUAAUGAAAAGAAUCCUAACAGCAGAAGACACUCGACUCGCUAUUGAAUCUGGUGUUGCCGGUAUCAUCGUAUCCAACCAUGGUGGCCGCCAGCUAGACCAUGCCCCUGCAACCAUCAGCUGCCUAGAAGAGGUUGUCAGAGAAGCAAAGGGCCGCGUUCCUGUAUUCCUCGACGGCGGCAUCCGCCGUGGCACUGACGUGUUCAAGGCCUUGGCACUAGGAGCCUCGGGAGUUUUUGUAAAUCGGCCGGCCGUGCUGUUCGCCCUUGCGGUGGACGGCGAGGCCGGCGUGAGGAACACGCUGCAGAUGCUGAAGAACGAGCUCGAGGUCGCCAUGGCGUUGAGCGGCUGCACGUCGCUGAAGGAGAUCACCCGGGGCCACGUCACCACCGAGGGCGACAGGAUCCGUCGCUCUAUGCUAUAGUCUGAAACUCCCCGGGCCGCCGGUUGAACGCCAUGGCGAGCAUGGGUGUG